AUGCCUCUCUCGGCAGCUUCCAUCCUCCAUGCCCUGCUCCUCCUCCUAGGCGCCACGGCCUCCGCCGCGGCGUCCGUCUCGGCCGGCGAUGGCUACGUGAACACGACGGCCGCCAGCGCCACGGCGACGCCCCUUGACGACACGGAGAUAUACAUCUGCUACCUCUGCACCGGGCGGAACCCGUUGCUGAUCAGGUACUGCCCCAUCUACUGGGACGAGUGCCACCUCGUCUGCUACGCCUACGACGCGCCCGCCGCCACUGCCAUUCCUGCAGCGCCCGUGCCUGUACCGUCGCGGGGGUCGCCCACCCUCCGCGGCGCGUACGGCGACGGCUGCUACGUCAUGAAGCUGUACUGGAACGGCACCUACGUCAUCGUCGCCCGCCAGGACUGCAGCCAGGUCGCCAGGUGCCUCCUCUCCUGCGGCGGCGGCGACGCCAUCGACUGGAAAGCCCUGGGCGCCGCGUCCACGGGUCCGGCGGCGGCGACGGCGGCCCAGGGCGUACUGCCGCGGCCGCGCGUCGCAGAUUUCCAGCGUUGCGGCACGCAGUUGACGGCUCCGGCUCCGAACGCGGUCCCCGGCGUCGUGCAGCGACGGCACUAGCUCGGC